AUGUCGCUGUUUGCUGCUGUGCCCCUGGCGCCCCCAGACCCCAUUCUAGGGCUUGCCCAGGCCUUCAAAGAAGACCAAAACCCUAAAAAGGUGGAUUUGGGGGUUGGGGCCUACAGGACUGAAGAUGGAAAACCCUACGUCUUCAAGGCUGUGCGCAUGGCGGAGGAGCAGAUCAUGAGCGACCCCACAGUCAACAAGGAGUAUUUGCCCAUAGACGGACUGCCAGAACUCAAAGAGCUGACGCAAAAGCUGCUGUUCGGCGAAGAUCUUGCUGCUGCAGCAGCAGGAAGAAUUGUUUCUCUCCAAACCCUUUCGGGGACAGGAGCUUUGAGGCUCGCGGGAGAAUUCAUUCGUCACUUCGUGCCGACUGCUCGCUACGUGUACCUGAGCAAACCCACCUGGUCAAACCACCACAAUGUCUUCGGGCCUGGCGCGGGUCUCACGAUUCGCGAGUACCCUUAUUGGGAUCCGGUUACGAGAGGCGUUGAUUUUGAGGGCAUGAUCAAAACCCUUGAAGAGGCCCCUGAAAAUUCGGUUGUUGUUUUGCAUGUCUGCGCACACAACCCGACUGGGAUGGACCUGAGCCAUGACCAGUGGUCACGGGUGGCCGGCGUGUGCGGCUCGCGGAAGCUGCUGGCCGUGCUGGACUGCGCGUACCAGGGCUUUGGGUCUGGGGAGUUGGAAAAGGAUGUUUUUGGAGUUCGGCUGUUUUGCAAAAGUGUGAAACUUCCCUUUUUCGUGGCCCAGUCCUUCGCCAAAAACUUGGGGCUUUACGGCGAACGCGCAGGCGCGCUGCAUGCAGUCUGCGGGGGGCCCCUCGAGGGGCCCCCCGUGCUGUCGCAGCUGAAGGCGUUGGCCCGCAGGGCCUACAGCAGCCCGCCGCUGCACGGGGCCCUCGUGCUGGCGAGGGUACUGGGGGGGGGCCCCCUGCGGACUCAGUGGGAAAAAGAACUCAGUGCCAUUUCCCAGAGAAUAAAGAACAUGAGGCAGCUCCUCAGGAACAAACUUGAAGGCAAACAAACCCCUGGAAACUGGAAACAUAUCACCCAACAAGUCGGCAUGUUCUCCUUCACAGGACUCACCCCUGAGCAGUGCGAACUUUUAACAAGCAAGUGGCACAUUUACCUUUUGAAGAAUGGCCGCAUCAGCAUGGCGGGCGUCAACCACAGCAACGUGGACUACAUCGUGACGGCCAUAGAUGAUGUCAUAAGAGCAGCACCAGCUCCUUAA